CAAACCAUCAUCGUGGUGGAAGCUUUUCUUUGGACGUGUACGCCGACACACGUCCUCCAUUGAAGCAUCACCAAACAAUGGCGGCACGGUUGCUGCCGUUGCAGCCAAUUCUGCAUCUUUUUCAACCCAUCCAAAUUGCGCAGGGAACGCUGCUGCGACAGCCCGCCGUCCGCCGGCUCUUCACGCCUUCCUCGUUCGCGUCACCACUCGCAUUGCCUUUCGCAGCAUUCGCUGGCAUCUCAGAUAUCCUGCGUGAAAUAUGGGACGGCCUGCUACGCGCGGCACCGAAGAAGAAGACAUCGCACAUGAAGAAGAGACAUAGACAAAUGGCGGGCAAGGCUUUGAAGGACGUCACAAAUCUCAGCCGUUGUUCGGCCUGCGGAAGGCUAAAACGCUCACACGUACUGUGCACCUAUUGCGUUGAAGCUGUCCGUACCUACGUCAAGGAGAAGGUGCUCGGCAUUCCGAAGUACGAACUACAAGGUCCACGGAGGGAGGAAAAGUCGACGCACAAUAUUGCAGAGACGGCACCUGGCGCGUGGGAGAUGAUUAAGAAGAGGCGAGAACAGAAAGCAAGGGCUGACGCAAAAGAGAAGAAGAAUGACCGCACUCAAUGGUAACGUCUUAUCGUUAGGCACAGAGCUUUAAUGGUUGAGAAGACGACCUUACUCCCCACCAGGGAGCCCAAAACGUAUUUGGCAUCUGUAUGAGUAUUUGCAUCGUAGCAUAGAUGGACAAAACUGGGUUCAAGAUGCAUUUUAGUGGGCAUGAAAUGGAACCACCUAUAACUAUCUUACAUCACAGGAGUUCAUUUCGCUCUCUACGCUUGUACACAUUCCAAUAGCGUGUGAACCUCAUUUGUAGCACAAAUAUUGAAAUUAGCACAUCAAAGACCUAAUUCAACGUCCAGAUUCAUCG